GCCGCGGCCGCCGGAGCCAUGUCGGGGAACACGGACGAGCUGCGGCACCAGGUCAUGAUCAACCAGUUCGUGCUGGCCGCGGGCUGCGCGGCCGACCAGGCGAAGCAGCUGCUGCAGGCCGCGCACUGGCAGUUCGAGACCGCCCUGAGCGCCUUCUUCCAGGAGACCAGCGUGCCCGGCGGCGCCCACCCGCCGCAGAUGCAGAUGUGCACCCCCAGCAACACCCCUGCCACCCCGCCCAACUUCCCCGACGCGCUGGCCAUGUUCUCCAAGCUUCGUGCCUCCGAGGGCCUGCAAAGCAGCAACAGUCCCAUGACGGCCGCGGCCUGCUCCCCACCCGCCAACUUCAGCCCCUUCUGGGCCUCGUCCCCGCCCGGCCACCAGGCUGCCUGGAUCCCACCCUCCUCCCCGACGGCCCACAGCUUCCACCACCUGCACCACCCACAGCCCACGUGGCCCCCCGGAGCACAGCAGGGGGGCGCCCAGCAGAAAGCCAUGGCUGCCAUGGACGGCCAGAGAUGAGACUGGACGCCGCUGGGCGCGGGGCCGGAGCUGGGGGCA